AUGAGUCAAGUGAAGGAGAUAAGCGAUUUGACGGAUAGCGACGAAGGCAAGCAAAUCAUAAGGAGCUUGAACCGCUUGAAUUACAAGCAGGGAAGCAGCGGAAUCGGCGAAACCGACAACAUACUAAGAAUUCCUAAUCCCGCGAAGAGGCGACCAAUCGGGUACGACGAAUACCCGAACUUCGAGAGGCAGUACAUACAGAACAUCAAUAUCCCGACCGCGGCCAAGACGGAGGGUGACAACGACCAAAGCCUAAACCAAGACGACAAUUAUCACUUCCUGAUGAGCUUGUUGCCAUACCUGCGCGAAGUGCCUAAAAACAGGAAAAUGGCGAUCCGACACAAGUUGCAGAGAGUGUUUAUCGAUGAACAGGAACGGAAAAUUAGCGGUAGAAACAUUAAUGUGAACCACCCGAACUUAAAUAAUUUUCACACGCCGUUCGCCAACAUGUUCAUGACGGAUCCCAUGAACCAACCGCAGCAGACUCCGAGGCUUCCGCCGCCUCCGUAUCCUUAUAAACAAGACGUCUUCUACAACUACGUUCCGUCGGCGGCAAGGCCGUCAGCGUCGGUGCCAAUGCCAAAAGCCAUACCCUCGACGUCUACGCUCCACGGCAAUCUUAUCGUCCAGCAGCAGCCGAUUUUUUCGGGAUACCCGGUGUCGGUCGGUCUGCCGAGCGGACAUCAGCAAUACUACAACGCCAAGGCCAAUAACAACGCCAACAACAACAACAGCUCUUUUAGCUACAACGCCACCACCGUGGACAAAAACAACGCCAACAAAAAUAACAUCAACCGCUCAUUUGGCUACAACGCCACCGCCGUGGACAACAACAACGCCAAUAACAACAACAGCUCUUUUAGCUACAACGCCACCGCCGUGGACAACAACAACGCCAAUAACCAUAACAAUAACAGCUCUUUUGGCUACAACGCCACCGCCACGGAAAGCAAAAACGCCAACAACGACAACAGCUCUUUUAGCUACAACGCCACCACCGUGGACAAAAACAACGCCAACAAAAAUAACAACAACAGCUCAUUUGGCUACAACGCCACCGCCGUGGACAACAACAACGCCAACAACAACAACAGCUCUUUUAGCUCCAACGCCACCACCGUGGACAACAACAACAGCUCUUUUAUCUACAACGCCACCGCCGUGGACAACGAUAACGCUACUUUUACUAAUCAGUCGGGGGUAACUGGAGAACCUCAAACCUUAACGUACUUGCAAUAA